CCAGAAGAGUCAAGUACUACAACCACUACAACUGAUACUGUUACUACAACUGAUACUAUUACUUCAACUCAGCCUCAAUCUGAAACUACCAGCACCGAGUCCAGUGAUGUCACGUCUACAACAAUUAUUACAACUACAAUCACUGGUACUUCUACUAUUGAAACUACUUUGACAACAACUAAAACAAUCACCACCAUCUGCUCAACUAGUAUCCCCACAACAAUAGUCAUCACUACUGAAUAUCCUACUACAUUAACUAUUACAACAGAUACUGGUGGAUCCACAGAAACUAUCACAGAAGUUUCAACAAGGACUUUGACAUUAACCAGUGUACAAACUUCAAGUACUUUAACAACUACUACCGUUGACACCUAUGUCACCACCAUUACUGUUCCAUGCACCACUGUUGAAACAAUCACUGUCCCAACUUCUGCAACUGAAUCUACAACUAUCAUUGUUUAUNGGUUGUUCGUACUUCAACAAUACUUCCAGAUGUUCCAGAUGUUACUGUAA